GCAGUUGAACAGGACCGCCAUCUGCUGCGACGCAAACUCAAUUCGAAAGAAUCCGAACUCGACUCCCGAAUAAUCGAGCUGCAAAACGACAUCGUCGAGCUCACUUCGAAACUCGCCGCCAAAGAUAACCUCGUGAAGCAAUGGGAGAGGGAAAAAAGCGGCCUCGUAACAGAACUGAGUGCUCAGAACGCCAGACUCACAUCGCAGCUCAAGGAGGCGGCUCAGAAAGAACAGCAGCUCCUGAGAGAGGUGGAGGGGUACAGGGAGCAGCUGACAUUGGGGAAAAGUAGCUUACAGCAACACAUGAACAGCGUAGACGGCCUCAGAGACGAACUGGACCUGGCAACCGAAAAAAAUAAAGAACUCGAAAGGCGGCUUCACAUGGCUUCCGCGGAGCGCGACAACAUCGCAUCGGCGUUGGAGGAGGCAUCAGACAGGAUACUGCUGUUGGAGAGGCACACUAGGGAGCAAGACAUGCGCUAUCAGCAGAGCCUGAAGGAAUACAGCCUGCCGCAGGAGAAACUGUCCAUCGAGGAACGGUUGAGCGCCGGUGAACAUCGAUCUCUCUUAUCAGAAAUGGACAUCUCAGAGCCGACGUUAUCUCAAGAAUGUAUGUCGGUAUACCGCCAACUGAGGUCACUAGUUGCGCAGCUCAAAUCUCACUCCGACGACGACAGUGGUCUGCAUUCAGAUUGUUCCACCAGCUCCAUGGAUGAUUCCAGAUUUUCACCGGGAUUGCUCAGCGAAGUAGCUCAGGAACUAGUCGGAUUGGUAUUGGACACAGACGUAGUUAGACUUCUAGAACGGCUAGAACAAGCAAGAAGAGAAAUUCAAGAGAGAGAUGAAGAACUGGCUAGAAGAGCGGAGAGAAUAAUGGAGCUGAAUAGUAAAGCAUCUGUUUGCGAAGUGGAACUAGCUUCGGCAAUGGAGGAGCGAGACAGGGCUCGGCACGAUGCCUGUGAUACGUCUUUGGCACAGGACGACAUCGUCGCCAAGGCCCGUGAGGACAGAGAUGCGGCAGUUCAAAGGCGAACGAAAGCCGAGGUAGAGCUAGCCAAAACAAGGGUGGAACUCAUGCAGGCCAACAGUCAACUAUUGGAAUCCAUCCAACAGAAAGUGGAACUGAGUCAGCAACUAGAGCAGUGGCAGAUGGAUAUGCACGAACUGUUGGAUGAGCAGCUCAAAAAUAAACUCUCGAAUCAAGAAGUUAAAAUGAGGAAAAUAGACAGUGAUCCUGUCCCACCUCCGAGAAGGAAACUUUUGGGUUUUUUCGGUCGAUAGCACAUUGAGGAAAAUGAAAAGAAUUUUUUUACAGAUAGAAUUGCUCAUCCUGAUAGGUAACUAAGCAAUCCACAUUACAGAGCAAGUAUGAAUCAUUUGUUGGCCAGAGAAAUACACGUCGACACAAGGACUUGAAAUGUAGAUGGUGUUUCACUAAAAUAGUUUCAGGUUUUUCUGUUUUAUAUAUUUACAAACAAUAAACGAUGUUAAGGUGUUUCUAUUGACAGUGCAAUAUGGUCCAAAAAGUGUGUGUAGGCUUUAUACUCACUCGAUACUAUUGUAAAUAAAUAAUUUAGUAAUAAAAUAUAACUCAAGAUACACUGGUACAAAGGAGAACACCAAUAUGUGUGAAUCCAGUUACUUCAGGUAAUGGAGCAUUCAGCAGCAAUAAGUAACUGGGUUGUAAAUGUUUUUUCAUAUAAGUCAUCAUUGCUUUUAGAACAAAAAAUAAGACGGGAGUACUCACACACCUGUGUAUCUUGCUUUUCAAUUUCUAGAGGAUAAAUGUAAGUGGAUCUCGAAAAAAAUUUUAUAAAUGAUUUUCAACACUAAUUUCGUCUUGAUUUUUAUGUUGUAUGUAUAUUAAAUUUCGGCAUAUUAAGUAUUUUUUUAAUUUGUAUUUAUUUUUUUUCAUAAUUUUCAGGCAUUUUUUAAUUUAGUCAUCACUUGUGUGAUUUUUUAUAAGCAUUUAUCAGUAAUUUGAUUGUAGUAUAAUUUGAAAUAUUUUUACCUGGCAAGGUAUUCAGCAAUUAUUUCGAAACACUCUGUAUAAACCAAUUAUCAGUACUUUGUGCAAUUGAAUCAAGAAAGAUAAAUAAUUCGGAAAAAGUUUAUGAAUGAACUUAUGAUAUCAAAAAAAAGUAUUAAUUUGAUUAUAAAGAAUGAAUAUAAGGUGGUGAUGUUCAUAUAUUUAUUAGCCUGUAGUUGUAAAUUUAACUAUAAAAACUGUGAUUUUAAUAAAUUAAAACCUUUUAGUACUUAA